AUGUUAUCAUUAUCAACGCAUCACAUUCAUAAUGUCGAUAUUGACGACUUGAAGACAAUGUGGGCUGUCUUUACCAAAUGCAAAGCACAUCUUGAGAAUGGAAGACGAUUGGAGAACAUGUCAUGGCGUCUUUGGUAUCAUGAGAAAAACUCAAACAGCAGCAGCAGCAGCACCACAUCAUCCGCCGCCUAUUUUUCCUGCAUGUCAGCAGUUGUAUCUUCAUUCGAUUCUUCAACAUCCUCCUCUUUCAUUCCCGCAUAUUCAACUUCACCUGCUGCAGCAUCCACAACUUCUACUAUUAAUACCGCCAGCAUUCAUAAUACCAAUACGUGUGUUAAGCGCUUCAUCUCAUCCAUGGAGCACCAAGAAGAUUGGUCACGUCAUUCUCAUCAACAACACAACACAACAAAAGCCGUGGCACUUGAUACCAACAACAACAACAAUGCCACAAAUGGCACAACACAAGCAGCCGUAUCUGCAACCGACGCAUCCAUCACGAAACAAACAUCCAAUAAUGGAACUUUGCAGCGGUCGCAUGAUCGACAAGCCCAGCAAAGUACAUUACAGCACCACCAUCAAGAACAACAACAACAACAAUCAGCCAUCUCCCAUCAUUCAACGUUCAAGCCACGUGUUUCUAUCAUACAAAUCGAUCCUGGUGAUGAUGAAGAUGAAGACCAUGAAUCCCUCGACAAUGUUGAUAAUGAUGAUCGCAAUAAUGACGAUAACUUUUUCAACAAAUCCAAGCCGGUACAACGAUCCUCAGCAUCACGACCUUCACUCUUGACUGCAAUGCUGCGAAAUGACACUUGUGCAGCCAACGCUACAGGAGGCUCAGCAGCACCAAAGAAUACCAAAUCAGCACGCGAUCAUUUUCUUUGCAAGGAGCUUUCCGAAAGCCUUAGACGCAAUGUCCUCUGGGAGCAAAUUCAACAGCGAGCUUUAUAUCCUAAUCAACUUUAUCGACACCAUCCAGCAGCAGUAGGAAUACGGUCAAGGAAACAGCAAGAGCAAAGUAGAGGGGUACAUAGUAAUCGUAAUAACUUGCAGCAUACUGAGUGGUUGGAAAGCUUUCAUGGAUGGUAA